UGACUUCUUCAACUGUUCACCGGUACCAACGACUUGUUACAAGUCGGAGUCGAGUCGAGCCUCUCAUUUAUUUGCACAUGCAGUCAUCGUCCCGUUGUUGACGCUCCGAUUGAUUCUGACGCUGCCGCCAAAUCCCAAAGCAAGACACAAGCACUCCUCCCUCCAAGAAGAAAGAAACCAAUUCCUUAUUACCACCAUUAUCACCAUUAUCAAGGCCACUUCCAAGUCUAUCGGUAUUCGUUUGGGUUAUCUUAUUCUUUCUGUCAAUCCCAUCUCGCUCAGAAAAAAGAAGCAUCCUCCGUUAUCAACCAACUGACAACUUGGAGAUUGAAUCAUUGGCUUGCUUGGGCUCGAGCUUGUGUAUACCAAAACCUAAUUUGUGCGAGAUAUCUUUUAACGUUCGCCAAAAACUGUCACAUACACCAUGACCAAGGGAAUCAGCCACGAUCGUCCUGUCACUAUUACCAAGCAAAUCACUCAUGAUCAUCCUCAUGUCACUAAUAAGGACAAGGACAACAAGCCGCAUGAGUAUACCCCGCAGACGACCCGCAUCAACGACAACAACUUUCGUCCGCUCUUCCGGAACUGCUUGGACCGUUUGUCUGCUUCCAAUCCACACGCUUGUGAUCAUGUCUCUGACUGGGAUGUUUCGGGCUUGACCAAUUGCAGCCAUUUCUUUUGGAAGCCAACCUAUGAUGGCAUGAGUGAUUGGAUGCUCAUGAGUCCAGGCGCCGAACUAUUCAAUGUCGAUAUCAGUCGUUGGCAACUCACUUCCUGUACGACAUUCAAAGGAAUGUUCUUGGGAGCGUCACAGUUCAAUCAGCCACUUCAGAAUUGGGAUACCUCCAAAGUCACGGAUAUGAGUCAAAUGUUCCAAGGCGCACAAGCAUUUGACCAGGAUUUGUCCUCUUUUCAAACGGACCGGGUCACGGACAUGUCCUCCAUGUUUCGCUAUGCCUCGGAAUUUCAAGGACUCGGGCUCGACACGUGGAAUGUUUCCAGUGUCCAAACCAUGGAGAGUACCUUUCAGGAUGCCAGCAGUGUAGAAGCCAAUGGGAUUGGGGCGUGGAAUGUAUCGAGUGUGCGCUCUUUCCAAUCCAUGUUUGAAGGAACCGUCAGCUUUAAUCAGCCCAUUGGGAACUGGGAUGUGGGAGCGGCGACCAGUCUCAAAAGCAUGUUUCGGAACGCCCAUUCGUUCAAUCAGGGAUUGACCUCUUGGGAUAUCCACCAUGUCACGGAGUUUACGGGGAUCUUUCACAAUGCCAAAUCCUACAGUCAAUCGCUCUGUUGGGGCGAUUAUUUGAAUUCCAAUGUCACACGAAAACAACAAGUGCUGGAAGGAACCUUUGGAAAUGUCAAACUAUCCUGCACUGGCAUGAACACACACACGCAACGAACCAAAUGGAUCCUGGGAACUCUCAUGGCACUUGUUUCAUGUUGCCUCAUCGUCUGUGUAAUAUUUUACCGUUGGAUGCACUCGUCGGCUCCACUAGACUCCAACAACAACAACAAACUCGAACAGAAACAUUCCAUUCAAUCUGCCAUGAAGAGGAGGAGAAAGAGAUUCAAGAAGCGAGGCCAAGAGGAUGAAGAAAGCGGCGAAGAAGAGAUUCUGUUUGACGAGGAAAAUGAUGACAAAACUGCCGUGUUUCCUAGUUUCGAAGAAGACGAGAACGACGAGAGAUCUCAGCAUAGCGACUGUGUUUCCUUUGUGGACGAAACAGACAUGCCAAAGCGCUCUCACAAAACAAAAUCACAAUUCACUCUUGGUGAUUUGAUGUUCCUUGACGGUGAUGCCUGGAAUGAAAUGAUGGGUCGAAUCAGAGGACAGACUAAGAGCUACAAUUACGAAGAUGAUGAUGAUUGCAAGACUGGUACAUGGUGUUGAUCCCCUUCUCAUGGCUUUGUUGCUGCAGUAUUAAAGGGGACGUGAGUUCUGGGGUGCACCGCCGCAGUUGGGCGUGUUUGCUUGGUUUGGUAUUUACUUUCUUGCAAGGUUUCUUUGGUAAUUGAGGUGGCUCGUUUUCUAGCUAGCCAGCUGGUUUCCUUUGAAGGUUGUGGUACAUGUUACAGUAGGUAGCGGGUAGCAAUCAGUAUUGCAUGGGUUUUGUCAGUGCGCAUUUUAAAAUAAAUAGACUCCGUUGAUUAGCUGGAGCAGACCCCGCAGCAUCGGAUACACCUUCAUGGUGAAGUGGGGUAAGAAAGGCGACUUCACGAAAUUCAACCUUUCGGUUUUCUGCCCAAUUUGACUAACUA